UCAUUGGUUUAACCUCCAUGAACUGCAUAUUUGCAAAAACACUUUUGGGGCUGCUGUUUUAGCUACUUUUGAAGAGAAUAUAUUUUUUUUCUUGGGGAUGUUUUGGCCAAAAUUAGCUUCAGCAACAACUUCAAGUAGAACAUAAAUAUUUUAUGCUCUGUGCUACAGUUGCUUUACUCCUAUAUUUUCUCAUGAACUUUCUGGCCCUGGCUCUAGGAUGAGGGUCAACAAGGAUGAAUCAACAUGUAUUGCUGAACAAGUCAUUGACUUAAUUUCAGCAGUGAAAGAGUUACAUGGGCUUACUUCGCAGAAGCUUAAUAAAUUAAUAAAGGACUCUGAAAGUUUUACAAUUCACUUCCAAACUGAAAAAGGAUCACAGUUAAAGAUUGACGUGGAAAAACUGGCAGGCUUUCUUCCUUUGCAUCUUAUUGCAGUGCUUCUGGCAUCUGACAAAGAUGAACCACUGUUGAGAUAUUUAUUAUGUGGUAUUCGGCUUUUGCAUUCCCUGUGCGACCUAGCAUCUCGACAUACUAAACUUGAGCAGAUUUUGCUUGAUGAUGUAAAAAUUUCAGAACAACUGUUAGAUCUGGUGUUUUAUAUGCUAAUUGUCCUUAGCAGUAGUAGACAGGAAAGCCAUAAUACAAAUGCUGUGCUCCUUUUGCAUUCAGCACUGGUAGCAUGCACUCUAUAUCUGUUACCAGGAUGUAUAUCUUCACACUGGCAAGAUCUUGUUCAGGUGCUGCUUGCGCACCCCAAGGUGGACAUAUUUAUGGAUUCAGCUUUCAGAGCAGUACAUAUAGCUAUCAGUUUUCUUCAGGUCAAGCUUUCAGCUCAAUGUGCUGAUUUUAACAUGAGAUCAAGUUUGACGGCUGAACAAAUAGUUAACUAUCUAUGCCAACAAUGCGAGGCUUCUAUACAGUUUCUCCAGUCAUUGUGCCAGCAAAAAUUGUUCAGAGAGCGCCUAAUAAGAAACAAGGAAUUAUGUGGAAAGGGUGGAGUUCUCUUUCUGGCCCAGGCUAUCUUGAAGUUAAAUGUUACCCCUCCUUUUGUAGAGUCUUCUACAGUUGUUGCUGCUGUAUCCAGACUGAAAGCAAAAGUACUAUCGAUUCUAUUGCAUCUGUGUGAAGCAGAAAGCAUUUCUUACCUUGAUGAAGUUGCAAGCUCUCCAGGAAGCCUUGAUUUGGCCAAGUCUGUUGCAUUACAGUUUCUUGAGUUAUUAAAGGCAGCGCUUGAUCCCAAGCAUCUUAGUGCUUGUUCUGAGAGAACUCUUCCCAUGGGACUUCUGCGACUCAAUGCAAUGCGUCUAGCUGAUAUUUUCUCAGAUGAUUCAAAUUUUCGAUCAUACAUUACGACAUACUUUACCAGCGUUCUGACUGCCGUAUUUUCGCUACGACAUGGGGAAUUUUUAUCCAUUUGGUGUUCUUCUGAACUUCCACCAAGGGAGGAAGAUGCUACUCUGGAGUAUGAUUUAUUUACAGCAGCUGGAAGGAUCUUGGACGCUUUUUCAUCAUUGAACCUGUCAAAUGCUAUAGAUGUAGAUAUUAUUUUAACUCCCAGAAACAUGCCCCAAGUUACAUAUGCUCGUCAGAGAACUUCAUUAUUUGUCAAAGUAAUUGCCAACCUUCAUUGUUUUGUCCCCAGCAUUUGUGAAGAGCAGGAAAGGAAUCUUUUCCUUCACAAGUUCCUUGAGUGCAUGCGAAUGGAUCCAUCUGAAUCUUUGCCUGGAUUUUCUUUUACUUCUGGUGCUAACAGAGCCAUCACUGUUUGCAGGAAUCUGCGUUCAUUGCUAAGCCAUGCAAAAUCUCUUAUUCCUAACUUUUUGAAUGAGGAGGACGUACAGCUCUUAAGGGUGUUCAUUGACCAAUUACAAUCACUGAUUAAUCCUGCUGAUUUUGAAGAACACCAAGUUCAAAAGGCUCAAAGUACAGCUGGGUACUUAUCACCUUUACUGAAGAAGGAACCUUCAAAUCCUAACAACAUAAACAGUAAUCAGAAAGAGGAAAUUUCUGAGAAUUCUGCUUUCCAAGAGGGGCAGCAUAAUUUCAGAAAUGAGCAUAUGAAUCAUGGUGAUGAUAUAACUGAGGAAGAUAAGGGUAAAUCUGGUGCCAUUGCAUCUGCUGUUUUUAAAGAGAUUGACACAGAUUUUCAGAAUGUUGAAACAAGUGGUUCAGAUACAAGUUCUACACAAGGAAGGAAUUUUGUUGGUCAAAUGGGGAAUGGAGACUUCCCCGAAUCAAAUGAGCAUAUAAAAGAAAAUGGCUGUCUAGGAGUUCAAGAAGAUGAAAAACUUGAAACCAUUCAGACUGAAGGAAAGCAGCCAAGAAAACGGAAACGAACUAUAAUGAAUGACUAUCAGAUGACAAUCAUUGAGAAUGCCCUGGUUGAUGAACCUGAUAUGCAGCGGAAUGCAGCUUCUAUACAGUCAUGGGCUGAUAUAUUAAGUCUUCAUGGUUCAGAAGUUACAUUUUCACAGCUAAAGAAUUGGAUCAACAAUAGAAAAGCCAGACUAGCACGUGCAGGUAAGGAUGUCCGUGCACCCAUGGAGCUUGACAAUGCUCAUUCAGAAAGGCUAGGUGGACCAGCAGUACGGCAUUCACAUGACUCUUCUGAGAGUCACGGUGAAGAUAAUGUUCCAUCAGGUGCAAGGCUUGUUCAAAACACAUCAAGAAACUGGUGAAAAUGCCGAUUUGUUGGCAUUGGUGGCACAGAAUUUGUUCAUUGCAAGCGAGAUCAACGUAUUGUGCUUGUGGAUAAGAAAGGGGAAGAGAUCGGUAAAGGAAAUUUAUAUCAGGUGCUAGAUAAAUGGUAUGGAAAGAUGUUGGAGGAAUCAGAGAUGUGUGUUGUGGAUAUUACUGAGCUUAAGACUGAGAGAUGGGUGAGGCUUCCACACCCAUCUGAGGCCACGGGCAGCUCAUUUAGUGAGGCUGAAGCAAAGUUUGGGGUAAUGAGAGUGUUGUGGGAUUCAAACAAAAUAUUCAUGUUUCAGCCUCGAUGAUAGUCUUUGCUAGAAUGUUAAGAGGCUAUAGGAUUUUGUUACCAUCAGUAUAGUUUUUAACUUAAUAGAUUCUAAUCAUAAUCAAGCAAAGGUUUUGUUUUACCUUGUUUUUCCUGACUUUCUGCUCAUUAGGAGCAUGAGCACAGACACACAUGUACACCGAGAACUUAAAC